GCGUAACUAGUCGACAUGGUUGGCUGCGAGGAAAAUAAGUCGUUGUGCUAUUGAAAAUGCCACCUUAAAUUGUCAACAAUAUUUAGUUUUUUUUUUACUAUUUUUUAUUUUAAAAUGGAUUAUUUUUAAUGUGAUUUUAAUUUAAUUUUAAUAAAUAUGAGUAUUAAACGUUUUUCAUGUAUGGUUUUAGGAACCCUAUGUGCUUCGUAUCGGAAAAGUUUUCAGAAACAGCCGACGGGAGCAGAUUGGCGCUAUCCUAAACUAGGAGAAGCUGAAAAAUGGAGAGGACUAUGCGAAAGCGGAGAAAGACAAAGUCCUGUGCAUAUUGACCCAAAUACUGCAAUUGGAAGCAAUUUGCCGCCUUUGACUGUAUUGAAUUACAGAAGCCGACAUCAUAAUUUCAAAAUGGUCAACACUGGACAUGGCGUGAGCCUAGAAAUACCCCCACGGCUUGGAAUAAUGUUAACUGGUGGUCCCUUACGAGACUAUUAUGUAUUAGAAAAUAUCCGCUGGCACUGGAAUGGUACAGAGCACACCUUUAAAGGGAUGAAAUGUUUGGCCAUGGAGAUGCAUUUAGUCCACAGGAAUUUAAAAUAUCGUGAUAUGUCGGAAGCUUUGAAUCACGAAGAUGGGGUAGCUGUGCUGGGGUGCCUAUUUAAACUAUCAAAUGUAGGCAAUGCGCUUCUAAGUAGAAUAUUCGAUUCCACUUCAAAGAUCAUCGAGCCGGGAACAAUAACUUAUGUAAUAUAUUCAUUCGCCAUGCUGGAUCUACUACCUCCUCUUCACUCCUAUUUCACCUAUAAGGGAUCAUUAACCACGCCCGCCUGCAACGAAUCUGUCACCUGGAUAAUAUUUAAUACGGUGACUAACAUACAUCAACACGAGAUCGAUAAACUCUCGAUCAUUAAAGAUUCGCGAGGGGAACGUUUGAGCUACAAUUGUCGGAACCAACAACCGCUGAACGGUCGUCCUCUCUAUUUUCAGAGUGAAUAGUCAUAAUAGUUUUACAACAAAUAUUAUUAUUUUAUUUGAAUGGUGGUAAAAACAUGACAUUUUCUAAAAUGA